GUCACUAAUUUGCUAACUAGUAUCAAGUAAGCAUGGUUCAAGUACACAACGCUCUUGUUAUAUUAUUUAUCUGUGCUCCGAUGAUAGUGGAAGCAGAUGGUAGUGAAGACACACUACCACAGCCCAAGGUCAGUCGAUGGUGCAAAAAAAUUGGAAUCUGUGAUAGUGUCUCAAACUAUCCAGUAAUGUUAGCAAAGAAACUAAUUAAAGAGCUCAAAGAUAAAAAUACUGUAUUCGAUGCUGACGACGAAUACGACAUUAGCGAAGAAGAUAAACAAAGAUUUGUUUUUAGGAUAUCCAGUAACACAGGGAAUGAUAUAGAAAAGCAGGUACGAAGUAAAAAAACCAAAAUUCUUUCAAGAUUUUAUGGUGAUAAAGACUAUAUCGAGGAAGAAGAUAACGAAAUAAAACUAUGUGAAUCGACAGUUCAGAAUAAAUAUCCUAAAAUUGCUGAAAAUAGAAACAAUACGUGGCAAUUUAUCCUAAAUGACGAUGAUGAUCCGGUUCAAAAAUACCGUUUCGCAAUUUGCAAGACUUCUGGAUCAAAAUGUUCUGAGAAACUCAUACCAGAACUUAACUACGAAAGCGCAUGCAUCCAAAGCUUUACCUUCAAGGAAAUGUACUAUAUUAAAAAAAACAAACAAAUUGGAAAAGACUACUUUAAAGUUCCCACGUGUUGCUCUUGUAAAUUAUUUCAUACGAAUUAAUAGUUUUGUCAAUUACUAUGAUUUUUUUUUAUAUUCAAACUCUUUUUUCAAUACUGAAUAAAAAAAUUUAUAGUAUUUUAUCUUUAUCUCAGAUUAUUAUGAAAACAAAAGCCAUAUGGACCACGCAGAACAUUAUAACGAAGCAUAAUUUUUGCUAGCAUUCAUAUUAUGGUGACUUAAUAAUCUAAAUUUAAUUGAUGAGAAAAAAGCAACGAAUAGAGUUAUUCGUAUUAAAAAAAAAAAAAAAAAAAACAAAACUUUAAACUAAAAGUGCAAUAUUUAAAAACUAUGAGAAUCUCAUAUUUUUUUAAGUCAGGUUAUAACAAUAUUUGAUAAAGCUUAUAAUUAUUCGGUACAAAAUUCUGUAAGAAAACUAUAAAGUCAUUUAAUACGGUACGGUUCUUUAGGACAACUAAUUUAAUAUGUUUUAGAAUAAAAAACAUUUUUCAGGUUUUUUUUUUUUAAAUCCUAAUAAUCGUUGUACAUUGACUACAGUUGUUCAAAUGACACAGAGUUUCCCAUCAUAUUAUUAAUACUAAAGCGAUAGAUUUUUUCAGGCGGUUUUCUUCAGUUUUUUAUUAAUUCUUUCCUCCAAUCAGGUGAAAUAAACGAUAUAAAAGUUUCAAAAUAAGAACGUAUACUUGUGCCUCAUAACAAUUUCUUAAAUCAUAUAAAAUUGUAUCAAGUAACAAAAUGAUGGAUUUACAUCAAAAUACUC